AUGCCAAUGCCAAGUACUGUACCAGUGUGGAUAUAUGUUAUAUUUAGAAAAAAUCCAUCAAGUGGUCAUGAAAAACUUGGAGUAAAUGUAUCUUCAGAUGGUCCAGUUUUUUGGAAUCGUGAGGUUGCCUAUGUCUUUUGUUGUUCAUGCCAUUUUGAUAAACAUGAAGAAGAAUUAUUAAGAUUAUUUGAUAGGUAUCAAACAAGAAUUGAAAGAAUUUGUCUUGUUGAUAGGCCUUUAGAUUAUCCAUUUUUACCAGAUUCAUUAUUUACUUAUAUGGCAACAGUAUUAAGUAAUCUUCAAUUUAUUUAUCUAAGAGAAUUAGAUUUAGAAAAAGUUAAUAGAGGAACAGUUGAAAAAUUAUCUAGACAUAGAAAUUUAAAAAAACUUAUUGUUCAUGGUUGUAGAAAUUAUGAUGUUUUUCAAGAUUUUAAAGGAUUACCCCAACUUUUAGUUGUUAAAGGAGAAAUUGUUGGUUUAAAAGCUAUGCUUGGUGAUAUUUUUGAUUUUGAUACAUCUAGUCCAAUUUCAACUAGUUCCAGUACAACUGAUGCUACUGAUGAUGAAAAAAAAGAACCUGAAGAAAUGGUAUCUGAAAUUGGUACUCCAGAUGAAUUAUCAGAAUCUAUUGAUGUAAAACUUCAAGCAUCUUUUAAUAAAAUUACUGUACAAGAUUAA